CGCCGCCUCCUCUCAGUCUCUCCCAAGAUGGCGGACCUACUGGGCUCCAUCCUGAGCUCCAUGGAGAAGCCUCCCAGCCUUGGUGACCAGGAGACUCGGCGCAAGGCUCGAGAGCAGGCUGCCCGUCUGAAGAAACUACAGGAGCAAGAGAAACAACAGAAAGUGGAAUUUCGUAAAAGGAUGGAGAAAGAGGUGUCAGAUUUCAUCCAAGACAGUGGGCAGAUCAAGAAAAAGUUUCAGCCGAUGAACAAGAUAGAGAGGAGCAUUUUACACGAUGUGGUAGAAGUGGCUGGCUUGACAUCCUUCUCCUUCGGGGAAGAUGAUGAGUGUCGCUAUGUCAUGAUCUUCAAAAAGGAGUUCGCACCCUCAGAUGAAGAGCUGGAGUCUUACCGUCGUGGAGAGGAGUGGGACCCCCAGAAGGCUGAGGAGAAACGGAAGCUGAAGGAGCUGGCCCAGCGGGAGGAGGAAGCAGCAGCCCACCAGGGACCUGUGGUGGUGAGCCCUGCCAGCGACUACAAGGACAAGUACAGCCACCUCAUCGGCAAGGGGGCAGCCAAGGAUGCUGCCCACAUGCUACAGGCCAACAAGACCUAUGGCUGUGUGCCUGUGGCCAACAAGAGGGACACACGCUCCAUUGAAGAAGCCAUGAAUGAGAUCCGAGCCAAGAAGCGUCUACGGCAGAGUGGGGAAGAGUUGCCACCUACCUCCUAGGCACCCCAGCUCCCUUUGGCCCCUGGGGUAGGGCAGGGAGGAACAAGGCUGCUGCUAUUAGAACCCAUCCUGGAGCCCCACCUCUGAACCAUGUCCCUCCAGCUCUCACUCAGGCUGGGGACAAGCAGGUGUUUGAUGUCACUGUUGGAGCUUGGAUAUGUGUGUGGUUUGUGUAUGUAUGUGUGCACGUGUGUAUGUGUGUGCAAGAGUGUGACUGCACAGGUGGGUAUUUAAUCUGUAUUAUUCUCCAUUCUCCUUGGAUUUUUGUUCCCCAUGGGGUUACUUCCCAUUCAAUAAACACUGUUUGACCC